AUACUCAGCUCUACAGUAGCAACACUAGACUGAAACUUAACACAUAGUAGAAUAUAAAAAACAAAAAUAAGAUGAGCUUACUGCUACGCAAGCCGGCUCCAGAUUUCAGUACCAUUGCAGUAACAUCCUCUACUGGAUUUAGAUCAAUGACGCUGCACGAGUUUCGUGGCAGAUACGUGAUACUUCUUUUUUACCCGGCGGACUUUUCAUUCGUUUGUCCGACGGAACUGCAAGCGUUCAGCGAUCGUGCUCAGGAAUUUCGUAGCGUUGGCUGCGAGAUCAUCGCCUGUUCCACGGACAGUCAAUAUGCCCACUGUGUCUGGAUAAUGCAGCCGCGCAAGCAAGGCGGUCUGGGUGACAUGGACAUACCGCUGUUGGCCGACAAGUCUAUGAAGAUUGCCCAGUCCUAUGGCAUGCUAGACGAGAGCACAGGUCUGGCUCAUCGUGGCAUGUUCAUCAUUGAUCGCGUGGGCAUUGUGCGGCAUAUUUCGGUGAAUGAUAUUGGCGUGGGACGCAGUGUCGAGGAGUCGCUGCGUUUGGUUCAAGCUUAUCAAUUUACCGAUGAGUUCGGCGAAGUUUGUCCAGCCAAUUGGCGUCCUGGCGCCAAGACCUUUAAGAGCACCAAUGCAAGCAAGGCCGAAUACUUUAAGAGCGCAGGUUAAAUUGAAGUCAACAAAUACAUAGAAAUAUGAGUUAAAUACA